CUAGCCCGUCCACCAGCGGCGCGGGCCGGGUUCCGCUCUCCUUGACAUGCGCAGUAAGCGAGAACGCGGAAGUCUCAAGUGAGUAAGCGCCGGCCGCGUAACUAAGAUGGCGGCCUCCGUGAGGCGCUGCGCCGUGGCCUGGCUGGUCCCCGCCGCGGGGCUGCUGGCGCUGCUGACUGGCCCGGGGGCGCUGGGGAAGCGGAGUGAAGUGACGGUGCUGACGGACGGGACGUGGCGGCAGCUGCUGCAGGGCGAGUGGAUGAUUGAAUUUUAUGCUCCCUGGUGUCCUGCCUGUCAGAACCUGCAGCCUGAAUGGGAAAAGUUUGCUGAAUGGGGGGAAGAUCUUGAAAUUAACAUUGCAAAAGUGGAUGUCACAGAACAGCCAGGUCUGAGUGGGCGAUUUGUCAUAACAGCACUUCCCACUAUCUAUCAUUGUAAAGAUGGAGAGUUUAGGAGGUACCAGGGCCAAAGAACUAAAAACGACUUCAUAAGUUUCAUCAGUGACCAAGAAUGGAAGUCUGUUGAACCAGUUUCUUCUUGGUUUGGUCCUUGCUCUGUCCUGUAAGUAUCAGAUACUGAUAAAAUCAUACU